GUAAACCGUCAGCCAUCUGCCGCAGUUAGCAGUAGAUCCAGCGGGAUUGGAAAAUGGAGGAUUGAGAAUUGAGAGCGUAUCGCGGCCUUUCUAAGAAGUUGAACCUGCAUCCCUCUUCUGAUAAUUGAUCUGAUGAAAUUAAGUUUGACAAGUCAACACUACUGAAGUGCAGGCUAUCAAAAAUUGGCUAAUGCACAAAAGCUGCUUUUCCAAAUGAGUUUGAAGAUGAAGCUAAAGAGUUGCUAAAGCAGCCAGCUGCACCUUUAAAGGCCCAAACCUAAAGUGAAGAGGAUUUGGAGUUUCUGUUGGUUUUAACAGAGCAAAAUGCCAGUGGAGACGACCGACAGUCCUGAAAACCGCUGCCCUGUACGGCGCAGUGGCAGGCAGCCCAAGCGAACGGACAAACUAGAGGAGUUCCUCAUGACUGCCAAAAGGGGCUCCAGAAAAAGUGCUCCUCCUAGUGUUGAAAGUGGUGAUCCCCCUUCCCAAACCCCAACAGAUGCAGAAACGGCAUCUGAAGCUAGUUUUGAUGGAAAUGCGGACUCCAAGAUAGUAGAGGACAAAGCAGAUUCUCCAGAGAGGAGGACACGAAGUAGUGCAAAGAAACAGGUGCAGAAGAAAACUCAAGGAGGCAGACAGACGAGAUCAUCUGCAGGGAGAGUAAUGGUUAAAGAAGAGGGGAGCUCUGAGAAUGAGGAUGAUGGGAAAGAUGAUAAGAGUGGUCAAUCACAAGAUGGCAGCCAGGGGAUGGAAGAAGGCAAACCGGAUCCUGCCUCUAAGGCUAUAGAGAGCAUCAAGGCAGCAGAGGACUCUGAGAAGACGGUUCCCCAAGAGACCAAUGUAGGGGGGGCUAAAAGUGAGACAGAGAAGGAGACGGAUGAAGAGGACACUGAGAAGUCUGAAGUGAUGACUCGCAAACCAGUCAGGACCUAUGUCAACAAGAAAAGGGUUUCUCAGAAGAGCCCCGUGGCAGCCAAACCUCCACCUGUAAGCAGAAAUACUGUACCUGCUAAGAAGGAAGCAAAACCCAAAGCUGUUGGAAAAAUUAGUAAACAAGAGACAACGGAGGAGGAGGACGACGAUGAUGAAUCCUUCACUUCAUCAUCUUCAUCUUCGUCCUCAUCGUCAAAUGAGUCCGACGACGGAGGCUACGACCCCAACGCACUAUACUGUAUCUGUCGCCAGAAACACAACAAACGGUUUAUGAUCUGCUGUGAUCGCUGUGAAGAAUGGUUCCAUGGAGACUGCGUGGGCAUUACCGAGGCCCGCGGACGUCUGAUGGAGAGGAACGGAGAGGACUACAUCUGCCCCAACUGCACAGCAAAGAAGAACCAAGUGGUCAGACCUGCCACAUCUAUCCUCCCUACGAGCACAGAGAUGGCAAAACCCCGAGCCGACGCUGCUUCUCUGAUUAUUGCUCCAGCUGCUGCCUCCUCCUCUGUGGAGAAAGGCCCAGGCAGCGGGGCAGGUUUAAAUCCGUCAGCUGUUCAGCCUGUGGCGCCCCCUCCGCCUUCCUCAGCAAGCGGGGCAGAAGAGAGAGCAGCUGAAGAUCAGGGCAUCAAAGGCAGGAUCGAGAAGGCUACUAAUCCAUCUGGAAAGAAGAAGAUAAAAAUCUUCCAGCCGCAGGCUAUUCAUCAACCGGCUGAGCCGAAACCAGACAAAAACGCUGCUUCAGCUGGGGAGCCGAAGGUCGCAUCCGCAGCAGAGCAGAAAGCUCCACCAGAACCAGAGCAGAGGGUUGAAACUACGGUUGAAGUGAACACCUCUCCAGUUGUGGAGGUGGCUGAGGAGAAGGCAGAAGAUGACUCCUCCCUCCCUAAAUGCAUUGGUCCUGGCUGCGACAGCAUCGCCCAGCCUGACUCUGUGUACUGUGGGAAUGACUGCAUCUUGAAACACGCCGCAGCCGCCAUGAAAUCCAUCACUGAUGUCAAAGAACCCAAGCAGAAGGACAAGCCCAAGCCUCAGAAAAACAAGGCUGCAGCAAAGAAGCCUGGAGGCAGUGGAAAGGCUCAGAAGAAGACCCAGAGGGUGUCGGACAGUAGCAGCGACGAAGACUUCAGUCCGGAUCCAGAUGAGGACGACGAAGACCAAUAUGCUGAGGAACACCCGCCGCCGCCGUCCACUGCUUCCUGGUCCAGUGACCAUAAUUACAUUGCAGUAACACCAGAAAAGACUACACCCAUAUCACCAACAGUGUUAAACAAAAAGUCUCCCCCCAAAGAAGAGAAGAAGACAGAGAAGGAGCAAAGCCCACCUCCUGAGAAAUCAAGCAAAGCAUCUCCGACUCUACGCAAAGGAAAAAAGAAAUCCCCUGCACAAAAAAACACUGCCGUCGCCUCUAAGACCAAGAAGUCCUCUCCGCAAGCUGGCAGCUCGAAAGUCUCCAAGAAACAGACGGCAGCCCCGACUAAAGCUGCUGAAAGUUCCAAGAAACCAGGCAAAGCGUCUGCUCCAGCCGCAUCUCCGUUUUCUUCAGGUCCCAUUCAUGCCACAGGGGCUAUCAGAGUCACCAAGUCUAACUUCACUAUUCCUAAAAAGCAGCCUCAACAGAAAGACUCCACUUCUCAGAGUCAGCCAGAAUCUUCACGAGCACAAUCCUCUUCAGCGUCCUCAACUCCAUCCAGCCACUCCUCAUCUUCCCGGUCCUCCCAUCCACAUGUACCAACCUCUCACACUUCACCUGUGAGGCCACCAGCUAACAACCAGAUGAGGCAGAACAUCCGACGCUCACUCACUGACAUUCUCUUCAAGAGGGUGAGUGACAGCGACGAUCUAAAAAUGACUGAAAGUGAGGUGGGAAGACUUGCAUAUUCCAUUGAGAAGGAGAUGUUCAACCUCUGCCUGAGUACUGACAGCAAGUACAAGAACAAAUACCGGACCCUCAUGUUUAACCUGAAGGACCCUAAAAACAAGGGUUUGUUCUACAAGGUGAUUGGCAGACAGGUCACGCCUUUCAGACUGGUGAGACUAAGUGCUGAGGAGCUGCUCUCCAAGGAAAUUACAGAGUGGAAAAAGCCUGAAUCUGCUGAGGGUCAUUCUCGGACCCAUUCCGGGCAUUCCAGACAUGGAAGUAGGCCGGACUCUGGCUCCCACAGCGUAGACAUGGAGGAUGCUCCCCCAUCUGAUGCAGAUGUAUGUAUCUCUGCCACUGUGUCAUCUUUCCGCUCUGGUUCUUCUGCAGACCAAGAUGAGGCAGUCUCCACUCCCUUGGCAGCAGCCCAGCCGUCUGCUGAAGGGAACAGUGGCACCGGCAUGGUCGAUGUUUUCAGCAGCAUGCUCAAAGACACAACUUCUGAACACAAGACUCAUCUUUUUGACCUCAACUGUAAAAUUUGCACAGGACAAAAGGCAGAAGAUGAACCUGCAUCCAAAAAAGCCAGGCUUUCUAAUAAGCCAGACAUCAAGCCACCAAGACAAGAGUCAAGGUCAUCAAGGUCUGGAGACCCACCUUCUGCCAGCCCAGCAACAUACCCUCCCCUGGAACCAUUAACAUCCCACCCACCAGUCCCUUCAUCCUACCCCUCCAACACUGGACCAGUUGCUCCUGAAACUCCACAGCUCUAUCAGGAGGAUCCAAGCGUCAUGGCGCCUCCCGCUCAGACCCCUGUGCUCGUUAGUCCAGCCGUCUCUUCUGUCAGCAUCUCUCGCAGAGACCCUCGCAUGGCUCGACUUAGCUCUGCUGUGAGCGUGGCGCCGCUGGCCCUUGAGAAACCCACCAGUAACACAACAGACUCGAUCCCAGUACCAGUUCCUGUUACUGCUUCUGUUGCUCCUGCAGUGGAUAUUAAAGUACCUCUGCCAAUGCCUCCAGCUCCACCUUCAGCGGUGGCUGUACCCAAAUCGUCUAAGAAAAGCUCAGCUGAACCUCCUCCUGAGGGGGAAACGGCGAUCUUCUUGCACGGCCAGGAGACUAUAUGGAAGGGAUUUGUUAACAUGCAGUCAGUCGCUAAGUUUGUGACCAAAGCUUAUCUGGUUUCAGGCUCCUUUGAACACCUGAAAGAGGAUUUACCUGACACCAUCCAUAUCGGAGGCAGGAUUUCUCCCAACACUGUUUGGGACUAUGUUGGAAAGCUGAAAACUUCACUCUCUAAGGAGCUGUGUCUGAUCCGUUUCCAGCCAGCCACAGAGGAAGAGGAGGUUUCUUAUGUCUCCCUCUUCUCUUACUUCAGUAGCAGAAGGAGAUUUGGCGUGGUAGCUAACAACAACCGUCGCAUCAAAGACCUUUAUCUCAUCCCACUGGCAUCAAAGGACCCUUUACCCUCCAAACUAUUACCGUUUGACGGGCCAGGGCUUGAACCGGCUCGCCCCAACCUCCUCCUUGGAUUGCUGAUCUGUCAGAAGGACCGAAAGCGAGGUGGUGCACCAAUUGAGACAGAGGAGAAACGCUCCAAGACUCAAACCAAAGACUCAGAUGAACCUGGACUUCCAAAACCUGCCCCUGCAGUCAAAUCAGACAGAAGCACGCGGCAGAGUCUUGAAAUUCCCUUCAGCACAACUCCCCCAGGUUCGCCUCCAUCCACCUCCUCUGAGACCCCUAGCAGCACGACAACUGCCCCGGUCUCUGUUCUCUCUUUGCUGUCGGCUAUCAAAGCGCCAGACACCUCUGGCGCCCCAGGAAAGGAUGCCACAUCCAGCUCUGCUCCUGUCUCUGUAGCAGCUGCAUCACCUCUUCAGACAAUUCUUAAGAUGGUCUUCAAGAACAAAAAGCAGGAUUCAGAUGCUUCUAACUCUCCGUCUGACCAAACUGGAGAACUCCCUGCCACUGCUACAAUGUUAGACCCCAUUGUUCAGCAGUUUACCCAGAAUCCAAAGGAGAAACCAGUUGAAGAGGAUGAAGAUGACAGGCCGUAUGAUCCAGAGGAAGAGUAUGAUCCCAGUCGGGUCUUUAAUGUGACCAAGAAGCAUACUAACGAGUUAAUCAAACCUGAGAUCGUUAAGCAGCCUGAGGCAGUAGCAACUGAAGCCGAUGAUGUAGAGUAUGAUCCUGAAGAUGAUUCGAUUUUUGAUGAAGUAAAUUCUUUGAAACCAGAACAAGCAAAGCCUGUAACUGAAAAUGCACCUGAUGCAAAGACGAUUCUGGAAAAUCUCAAAAGAAUUGGAGAACAAGCAUUGCAGAAGCAGGCAGAACAGCAAACACUGUCAACAGAGACGGCUGCUCCAGCUUUGAUUCUUCCAAACACUCACUUACUGCAACUUGGCAAAAAGGUAGAAGAACUAGUUAAGUCGUCAUCAGUUGCUCCUCUGACUAACCAGAGAAAAGAUUUGAGACAGAGCAGGGAUCCUCGUCAGGCUGUGGGCGAUCAGACGCUGUUUGAACCUGAACAUAAAGACACAGAGACAACUCCUCUAACGGAGCCUUCUCCCUCGGCACCCCUGGCACAAGACCCACUACAGCCUAAAGUGGAAGAAAACAUUGAUGCUUCACAAGGUACAGAGACAUCGCUACCACAGGAUGAGGAAAAAGAUGACAUACUUCCCUUCAUGAAGUCAGAAGAUGAAGAGGUGUCGAUUCCUUUACUAGGAGAGAAAGUGGAUCACGAUAUGGAGGUCAGCUACAUGAGUGAUAGAAAAAACAAAGCUAAGGAAGAGAUUAAAGAGGAAACUGAGAUGGACAAAUACAGCGUUUGGCCAAAUGCUGCAAGUAUUUUAAAAGUCAGUCAGGAUUCUGAGUACAUAGAAAGUGGUCAAGAUGUGUCUUCUUCAAGGUAUCACAGAGAGUCUGCAGAUAACUCCACUAGAACCUCUGCCAUCCCAGUACUUACUCAAAGCACUAUAUCUGAUACUCACUCUCGUCACAUGUCGCACCAUCAAACAGUUGGAGGCUUUGAUAAUGAGUACCAACCUAGAACUGACAUUCCCUCCCAGUCUAGCUAUCCCCCUCCCCACUCCAUGCAGGGUCAGAACCUGAUAAUGAGGCCUCCACCUCCGUCCAUGCUGCCACGCAUGCAGGGUCCUCCUAUGUCUGGUCCUCCUUCAAUGCAGGGGCCUCCUCCAACUAUCCACGGUCCACACCAUAGUCAUGCUCCCCCCCCACACCAAGGUGAUGGCAACCAGCAAUAUGGCCCACCUCCACCAUCCUACCCUCCCUACCAAAACCAGAACCAGUGGCUGAACACACAGCAACCGCCUCAGCAGCAGCAGCAGCAACCUCCUGGACCACCACUUCAGAAUAUCCUGCCACCAAGAGGACCACCCAUGCCAUUCCCUCCAGUUUCUCAAAGAGCACCUCCUCCCCAAAUGUUUGAUCCCUCCAUUCCCCCUCAGCACAUGGGACUACAAGGCCCACCGCCAAACAUUCCCCCACGGCCAAAUUUUGAUGGACCGAACAGCGUACAGCCACCAAGAUUCACAAGUCCUCUUCCUUUCAAUUUCCCUGCUAACAGGGGUCCUCCUCCACCUUUCUCAGGACCACCACCAUCUACACUCUUUGAUUCUAGGCCCCCUCAUCCUACACUCUUUCCAAGCCCCAUGCCUCCCCCCCCCUCUCAGCAAUAUGGUAAAGACACUCCCAAUAAAUCCUUUAAUCCCAGUAUGGACCAGAAUCCAAAUCCGCCCCAGUAUUUUAAAGAGAGUCUGGGUCCUCCAGGACCCUCUGCUUACCGUGGAGCUCCACCUGAACAGUAUGAGGAGAGGAGAGGAAUGCCUUCGGGCAGGGAAUUGAGUGGACCACUCUUCAAACCACAUAACCAGUAUGGCAGUUCUAGGCCACCAUCUUCACCACUAGAGCGUCGGCCUUUUGAUGAAUCCAGAGGACCCCCAGCUCAGGAGAAUAGGCCCCAACUUUCCCACAUUUCAGAACGAUACCGUUUUGAUUGGCAAUCUGAUGAGCCUAGACCUGUUCGCCAUGGUAUGCCAAUGCUAUUACCUCCUUCAGAAGGAUCCUAUGGCCCUCCAGGUCGCCAUGGAGCCCAAAGUCCAGACCUACAGAGAGAGGACCAGUGGCGGCGUCUUUCUCCUGAUAGGAGGAGAAGCAGCACCACCCACGAGGAUUUGGAAGCUCGCAGCGGAGAACGUGGAGAGCGUUUGAGCCGCUUUGAAGUACCACACAGAGAACUUGGCUCUGGCUCACAGUCCUUAGACGAUAGACAGAGAGAGCUUUCUGAAGACCGCAGGAGGGAAAGAGAUAAGGAGAGUCCUCAUGGUGGCAGGUCUUCCUGGGACAGGGGGGUAGGAAAGCGCUGGAGCCGGGAACAAGAUUGGGACCGAGGCAGGGAGAGAGACAGGGAAAGGGAGAGGGAUCCAGAGCGGGGAAGAGAAGGAGAGCGCAGCAGAGGGAGGGAUAGUGAGAAGAGCAGAGAGCCAGAGGGAGAGAGACAGAGGGAUCAAGACUCUGAGAAAAGGAGGGAGAGGGACAAGGACAGGGACAAGGAGAGGGACAGGGACAAGGAGAGGGACAGAGACAAGGACAGGGACAAGGAAAGGGACAGAGACCGGGACAGGGAGCGAGACAGGGAGCGAGACCGGCCUAGGGAAUCUGACCGGAGAGACUAUGACCGUGACAGAGUAAGAAACAGAGACAGAGAGCGAGACAGAAGACGAGAUCGCUCAAGAAGCAGAGACCAUGACCGGGAUCGUGGAAAAGACCGGACAAAAGACAGAGAAAGAGACAAAGAACGGGAGAGAGAGCGGGAACGAGACCGGGAUCGUGACAAAGACAGAGAUCGUGACAGAGACCCGGACAAGAGGAGCAAAGAAAAGAGGUCGGACAAGAAAGAAAGUAAACGUGAGGCAUCCAAGGAGAAAACUAAAAGCUCAGACAAUGACAAGUAGACUUCAACUGUUUAUAGACCUUUCAUGUACUUAAUUCUUCAUCCAAGCAUCACUAUUAAUGUGUACGAAAAGUAUUUUUGUUGAAUUUCAUUUUCCAAAUAACUUAAGUGGAAAAGGCUCUAAAGGAUAUAACAACAAUCUUUAUAUUCUUUGUCACCUUAAGAUUUGUAUGUUUUUGUA